AUGGAGAGUCAGAGCCCUAAUAGCACACAGGAGAGACUUCUGCCCUCCAGCGAUGAGAACAAGGCAGAUGAAGAAAAUCACCCGCUGAUCAGUGCUAUAGUAGAAGAAGAUGUAGAGAAAGUCAAGCAACUGCUGGAACGAGGGACUGAUGUCAAUUUCCAACAGGCAGGGGGCUGGACUCCCCUGCAUAAUGCAGUGGUAAAUUGCAACACAUUGCACAAAUCGGAGGAAAUUGUGGCUCUUCUACUGCAGUAUGGUGCUGAUCCACUUCAGAGGAAGGACAAUGGGGCCACUCCCUUCAUUCUUGCUGGAAUUUCUGGAAAUGUGAAUCUACUACGUCUUUUCCUUUCUAAGGGAUCAGAGGUCAAUGAGUGUGAUUUCAAUGGCUUCACAGCUUUCAUGGAAGCCGCUACGUAUGGUAAGACAGAAGCCUUAAGAUUCCUGAAGAAAGAAGGAGCAGAUGUAAAUUUGGCUCGAGUAGCAAAGGAGAACAAAAAGAAACUUGGGAAAGGAGGGGCCACAGCUCUCAUGGACGCUGCCUCCAAUGGCCACCUCGAUGCUGUGAAGGCCCUCCUUGAUGAGAUGGAACCAGAUGUUAAUGCCCGUGACAAUAUGGGCAGAAAUGCCUUAAUCCAUGUACUUCGGGAGUUUCCAGAUGAGAAGGCAAAGGCCCAGACCCGAGAGGCCAUCAUCCGCCUUCUGCUGAAAAACGGAGUGGAUGUGGAAGUGAGAGGAGAAGGAAGGAAGACACCCCUGAUCCUGGCGGUUGAGACCAAGGAGUUGAGUUUGGUACGGAUGCUUCUGGAGCAAGAGAAUAUAAAAAUUGAUGACACGGAUGGGGAGAAUAGAACAGCUCUGCUAGUUGCUGUCCAGUUGGGACUGGAUGAAAUUGCCCUUGUGCUGUGUGACCACGGAGCCAGCUUGGAUUGUGGGGAUCUUGUUAAGCUAGCGAGGCUGAACCACAGGUUCUACCUUGCAAACUAUCUCAUCAGCAAAGGAGCCAGAAAGGAUUUCCUUUCUUCUGCUGCUGACUGGGAGCCUCAGAGUUCACGCUGGAGGGAGGCCCUGAGAAAACUGCACCAGCUAGCCCAUCCUAUGACUGGUAAACUCAAGAUCUUUAUUGAUGACAAGUAUAAAAUUGCUGACACGUCUAAAGGGGGUGUCUACUUGGGCUUCUAUAAUGGGAAAGAGGCAGCUGUGAAGCUGUUCCAAGAAAGCAGCGAGGAGGCACAGAAAGAACUCUCCUGUCUGAAAAACAACUAUCUUAACAGUCACUUGGUGACUUUCUAUGAGAAGGAGACUCAAGGGGGCUGUUUGUAUGUGUGCCUUGCCCUCUGUGAACGAACCCUGCAGGAACACUUUGCCAACCACAAGGAGACAGAAGCUGCAGGAAACGGGGAGGAUGUGUUUGCCCGGAAAACCCUAUUAUCUGUUUUUAAGGCUCUUGAAGAACUACAUCUGGUAUACAUCCACCAGGAUCUGCACCCAAAAAAUAUCUUAAUAGAUUCUAAGAAUGCAGUUCGUCUAGCAGAUUUUGACAAAAGCAUCAAGUGGGCUGGAGAUACACAGAAAAUUAUGAGAGAUCUACAGGCCCUUGGACGGCUGGUCCUGUAUGUUGUACGGAAGGGAGGCAUCCCUUUUGAGGAGCUAGAGGCUAAAAGUAAUGAAGAGGUGAUUAAAGACUCUCCGGAUGAGGAAACAAGAGAUCUUAUUUGUCACCUAUUUUGUCCCGGGGAAAACUUGGAGAGACGACUGAGUAGCUUGCUGGGUCACCCCUUCUUUUGGAGUUGGGAGAGCCGAUAUCGGACUCUUCGGAAUGUAGGAAAUGAAUCUGACCUCAAACAGAGAAAAUCAGAAAGCAACAUCCUCCAGAUACUGAAUCUGAAGACAUCUGAAAGUUUUAGUUUUGCCAAUUGGACUACUAAGGUUGACAAAUGUGUUAUGAUUAAAAUGAACUCAUUCUAUAAAGGCAAACGCAAAUUCUACAAGAACACUGUGGGUGACCUGCUAAAGUUCAUUCGGAAUCUUGGAGAACAUUAUCAUGAGGAAAGGAAUAAUGAUUUACAACAGAUAAUUGGAGAUCCUUGCAGAUAUUUUCAGAAGCUAUUUCCAGAUCUGGUGAUCUAUGUCUAUACGAAAUUGAAGGAUACAGACUACAAGAAACAUUUCCCCCAAACGGAGAAUCCUCACAGGCUCACUGUGGAGGAGGAGGAAAUGGUGAGCAGGGUCAAUGCCCUGAGUACUGACCGAGACUAA